AACUACUACGACUCUGCGGACGCGAAAGGCAUAUAAGGAUAUCAGUCAGACACGUCCAUGUACCAGAGUUAUUCGCCCUUUGUGUACAUGCCCGAGAACUUCAUAGGCCGGGUUUUGGGCGAAGUUUGCGAGUGUCUGUUGUUAAAGAAACAGAAUGACUACUUGUGAACUUGUUUGCGUGAAUAAGACCCACGAGUCUAUCAGUCUGCCAAACGGGGAAGCGGUGGUUAUAGGGAGAAGUCCACAAACACAAAUAACAGACGCACGGUGUUCGAGAACCCAGUUGGAACUUAAGGCAGACUACAAGAAGAAGGAAGUUCAAGUGAAGCAGGUUGGAAGCAACCCCUCAGCUGUAGACAAUACUGAACUAGAGAAAGGGAAGACUGUCAAAGUUAAACCAGGAGACAUUGUAUAUGUUCUUGUUGGAAGUUUCCCACAUAUUGUCAAGUUUAAAACAGCAGAGAAAACAUCUGUCAAAGAUAAAAAGAAAACCUCUGAUUCCGACUUCGGUGAAAGAGAACAUGAAGCUAAGAAACGCAAAACAUCUAAAGAUGAAGAAAACAAAGUCAGUUCACUAAAGAAGUCUGAAUCACAUGAUAGUGAGGAAGAACACAUGAAGUCUGUGGCUGCAAAACUCAAAAUGCUAAAACAGUCAAAACUGGAUGAAUCGGAAAAUGAUUCAAAACCGAAACACAAUGUUUCACCUAAAGUUUCCAACACAAGUUCAAAGAACAUUCAGUCAGCAUCAGAAUCAACUUGGACACAUCAUGAUAAACUGUAUAUCUACACAGGCAAAGGUGUCAAGUCCAGUGACAAGAUCGCCAGCUUCGACAUUGACGGCACCAUCAUCACCACACAGUCAGGCAAGGUCUUUGCCACACACAGUGGAGACUGGAAAAUUAUGCUGCCAGAAACAUUUGGGAAGUUAAAGAAACUGCAUGCAGCUGGUUUCAAGAUUGUUUUCUUCACAAAUCAGAUGGGGAUCCAGCGAGGCAAGGUGAAGAUUGACGAACUUAAACAGAAGUUUACCUACAUUGUGGAGAAACUGGGCGUACCUGUACAGAUAUUUAUAGCAUCUGGAAGUGGGAUAUACCGGAAGCCGUCAACAGGGAUGUGGAAGUACAUGGUCAAAAAGCAGAAUGAUGGCAUCCGCAUAAACAUGGCUGAAAGUUUCUACUGCGGAGAUGCAGCAGGUCGACCUGACAAGUGGACCCAGGGCAGGAAGAAAGACUUCUCUUGUAGCGAUAGACUGUUUGCAUUGAAUAUUGGCCUAAAGUUCUAUACGCCAGAGGAAUAUUUCAGAGAUCAUAAGGCAGCUCCAUUCAAACUCCCCGAGUUUGAUCCUAGGAAACUGAGUGCAACCAGUGAAGUUGUCUCCCCUGCUGGUAGCUCCCUGUCUUCGUCCACACAGGAGGUUGCCGUGCUAACUGGUUUGCCUGCUUCAGGGAAAUCUUUCUUCGUCAAAACAAACCUUAUCCCAAAAGGCUAUGUACACAUCAACAGGGAUACUCUGGGGAGCUGGCAGAAGUGUGUCGCUCAUUGCAACAAAGCUUUGGCUGAGGGAAAGAGUGUCGUCAUUGACAACACCAACUUGGAUGUGGAGUCUAGGGCACGGUACCUGGAUUGUGCCAAGAAAGGUUCUGUACCAUGUCGGUGUUUUGUGUUCACAAAUAACAUCCAGCAUAUCCGACACAAUGAACGGUAUCGUGAGAUGACGGACAAGAGCCACCAGGCGAUCAAUGAAAUGGUCCUCAAUUCCUCCAAGUCAAAGUACAAGGAGCCCAUCAAAGAGGAAGGAUUUUCUGAGAUUCUUAAAGUAAACUUUGUGCCCAAGUUUGAGAACAGUAGCAGUGAGGAGCUCUACAGACAGUUUCUCCUGGAGAAGUGAAACUUUGUGGGAACAUGUGAAUAGUUCCGAGAUGUUUUGGGAAAUGCAAUGAGUGAGUAAGUGAGUGAGUGAGGUGUUGUGAAUGAGUGAGUGAGUGAGGUUAGAGAGUGAGCGAGCAAGGUGACCCAUAUUUCCGUGUCAGCCAAGUGUUGGAGGACAUUGAUAGCUGAUACAGAAAGCAGAAUCCCCCAAUCGUAGCUGACAGCCCUUCCCCUUCGAUCUUAAUUUGGGCUUAUCUGGGAUUAAACCUGUAAUCAGUGGAUACCAUCAAACAUAAGGGAUGCAGCUCUUCCAUGGUGUGUGAGGCAACAUGUAUCUGACCAAUGUAGCACUUUGUCACCUGGCAUGUACUGAUGUUGUAAACUUUAUGUUGCCAUAGUAACCUUGUAAAGUACUGUUGUUGAUGACUGUCUGUUGCCUUAGUAACCUUGUAAGUACUGUUGUUGUUGGGAACUGCCUGUUGCCAUAGUAACCUUGUAAGUAGUGUUGUUGUUUUUUGGCAGCCAGGUUGUAUUGUUGCUAUGCACUGUGUGUAGAUUGACACUAUUUGAAGUCCGGGAAUGUUUCUGUUUGCAUUUGAAAUUUGUUUCAAAACCAGCGAUGAUGAUAUUUUGAGGGAGAUUGUCUGCUCUGGCUCCAGCUGAGAAUGAGACCAAUGUCUUCCAGGUGUGUGUGAUGUGCAAAGGUGUCUCACCGAGUCGAGGUGGUGAAGAAUUACGACUUGCAGAGAUGCCCUUGUGCCGGACAUUUUGAAGAGUGUUGUGACAGCAAGAAUUUACUUUGUGGUAUAUUUACACAAGUAAACAACAUGUUCUACAAAGUAACAACUGUUUGUGUCCAGGGCCUCCUUUCACAAAACACUAAGGUGAUCAUAAGUCACUAAGGUAACCUUAGUUCAAUGUUAAAGAAUGGGAGUUAAGGUUAACCUUAGUAAAGGUUGCUUCGUUAAAGGAGCCCCUGUACUAACAAAAAAUAAGGGGGUCAUAAUAAGUUGUGAAAAUUGUGUCAUUUCACUAGAAAAACACAUCCCCAAAAUUAUUCAUAAUCCCUGAGGAGCUGUGUUCAGUAUGGUUUAAACAAAAUCAAUGUGAGUUUUGGGAAAUGUCAUUUCCUUAAGUAUACCAGGCGUGAUUGCUACCUGGGACCACCCCACAUGAUCAUGAUGCAAUUAUACAGUGUUUUAUGCCAAUAAUGCUUCUCUUGGUGGCAUUACAGGGCACUUUGGACUGAACCAAUAGUAUUUCAAUCCCUCCAAACAGUCAAAUGUCUGAUUGGAUACAUACUGACAAUAGUAUACUUUGUACUUGGCACCAUGUAAUAUAAGAUGAUAUUCCAUGUAAUAUACCAUGAUAUUCCAUACAAAUUAACAGAUGAUAUGGAUGAUAGAGAAAAGUGAAAACAAAUGUAUUUACAUAUGAGUAGUGCACAGCUGUAGUGUCACAACACUAUGUAUCAUGUGGCUUGUUGACGUCAUUUGUACAGCAACAGCGGUGACGGGUCAGUUUGCCUUUCAUUUGGUCAUAUGCGUCUUUGUUGAAAACAUGGACCAUCUAUAAUUUAGUUGUUUUUAUAGCAUAGCCUGGAGCAGCGACAGAUCGACCAAAAUACAAUGUAAAUGUCUGCAGAUCAUGCUUAUUUGAUUUGUUUUCAUGUCACAAUAAACUGAACUUGUUUCUUA